CGCGGUAGAGGUGGCGACUGGCGCUGCUGUCGGUACAUCUACGUCGUCAACUACUAUUUAUAAUAAACAGCUUGAAUGUUGAUUUUCUUGUACGUAAAUCAACAACAAAAAUACAAAAGAUACUGAGAGAAUGAAGAUAGGUGUAAGUAUAUGAUAGUAGCUAUAGGUGUUUAGUACACGAAAAUGCGAGCAUUGGCAGUAUCAAUAUGGAUUUUCGUCAACCUAGUUUUCUUUGGAAUGUGUGGGUACAUGUACCUGCUUUGGUCUCAGUACUGGAUGUUCAUGGAUCGCCAAACAGGAACUUCGACGUCAACUUAUGAUCAGCAGAUAUACUUCUAUAACAGGGGCUACUUGCCCAAUAGUAGUAUUUGUUACAGCGUGAAUGUUCCAGAGGUGAAAUCUAGAAAGAAACAUUCUGCAGUGAUCAUCAAAGAAAAUGCCACCUUCACUGUUGUGAAAAAUAGCAAACCACGGUUUCCAAAUCUACAGCCAAAAGAUUUCGAAUUAGAUUCUGAAAGGUUUUCUUGUUUGAAAAACGACAGCUACAGGGAAUGUGAUAAAAAAACUUCCGAGUUCAAAGAAAACAUACUGAAAGAACUCAGAAAGGUUUUCACUGAUGAGAGCAAUAUCUUGAGGACAGGCAAGGAAAAUCCAUAUAACGUGAACUAUAGAGGCAGUAGAGGAAAUUUCAUGGAAAAAUCUCCCAAGGAACUUUUAUGCCUACUGAAAGAAACUUCCCUCAAAACUCUGAGGAGAAGCGAUGUCGGUAAUCAUCCCUUGAGAGAUUUUAUACCAAAACGAGCUCUAUUUGAGAACAAACGCUUCAACAGCUGCGCAAUUAUUGCCAGUGCUGGAUCACUGAAAAACUCGAAUCUUGGAUCAUUUAUCGAUUCUCAUGAUUUGGUAAUGCGUUUCAACAAUGCUCCGACCAAAGGAUUCGAAGUGGACGUGGGUCGAAAAACAACCAUCCGGCUGCUCAACUCGCAAGUGGUGACAAAGCCUCAGUUCAAUUUCCUCACGUCGACCAUGUACAAGAACGUGACUUUAGUCAUGUGGGAUCCGAGCAAUUACACGUCGUUCAUUAGCGAUUGGCUGGAUCAUCCAGAGUUCAAUUUAUUUAUGAACUACAUGGCUUUUAGGAAGAACGACCAAAAGUCCAGGGCGUUUCUGAUGAAUCCGCAGACUAUUUGGAACGUGUGGGAUUUCCUGCAGGAUAAUUCGCCUAGUAGGUUGAGACGGAAUCCUCCUUCUUCAGGAUUCUUGGGGCUCAAACUGCUACUUCCAUUUUGCAACUUCGUAGAUGUUGUGGAGUAUGUACCAUCUGUGAGGGUGACAAGACGAUGCCAUUACUACGAUCCUGAAGAUAAUCCGUCCUGCACCUUUGGAGUAUGGCACCCUCUAGCUGCAGAAAAGUUAUUGACUUUCUUCAUCAAUUACGCCUCAGACAAUGAGGUGUUCCAGAAAGGUUAUGUGAGAAUUGCCGGUUUCAAGAAUAUGGAUUGUUCAUGAACGUCAAGCUAUAAGGAUUGAGAAGUGGAUAAAAUUAAACAAGGGACAAGAUACUUGAAAUCUAGAGUAACUGGAUGGUAUUAGUUAGAAAAGAGUGAGUAGUGAAUUUCAAUGUAUGUACUUACCUUGAAAACUUUGCUCGUCUUCAAAUUAAUUUUCCUUCCAGGCCGAUCCAUAUAUUCCUUCCAUAAAGGAAUGAUUGAUAUUUCCUUUGGGAAACUAAAGUGAAUGAGAUCACCAUUACCUUCAGAGUUCCCGCAAUUCAUCACACAGCAGGACAUUUUCAUUCAUGCUUUUUUCUCAAUAGUUUACGAAAUUAUAUUUCAAUCCGGACGUUCAUAAAAUGUAUUGUUGAGUUCAAACAAUUUUGAAUGAAAAAGCGCGGAACGCCUAUGAUGCUGUUGUCACAAUGCAAGGUGUGUAUCUUGAUACAUCCAAACUUUCAAAAUCACUAACAGUUGUCAUUUCUGUGUCCGAACUCUUAUCUAACUAAUACCAUCCAGCGACUCUAGAAAUACCUAUAAAAUUAGAAGAUGAGAUAUUGAUACAGGCAAACAAUGAUGCUUGUUUGAUCUGCUGUUUCCUCGAUUUUGGUUUUUGGUGAAUGUUUGCUUAAUUUGGAGAGGUGAAUCGUUACCACCGAUACAACAAGGCCAGCAGACUCUGACGUAAACAGCUCGUGACGUCACCAAGAGAGGCCAGUGUUUUAUUUUAUCGCUUGUCGACUAA